AUUCACAAAUUGCACCAUCUCUCUCUCUCCCCAUUUUCAUUUGGCCAUGAGUGUUCUUUUCCUACUCGCCUUUUGUUUCAUUAGGACAGUUUCAAGUUCAACAAGUACACAAAGGUAUGACUCAAUUUACAGCUUUGGUGACUCUCUUGCUGACACAGGGAAUUUCCUUCUUUCUGGUGCCCUUGCAUUUCCUGUCAUUGGCAAACUCCCUUAUGGUGAGACAUUCUUUCGACAAGCAACUGGCCGGUGCUCAAACGGACGCCUCGUGAUCGACUUCGUUGCUGAGGCAUAUGGUUUACCAUAUGUACCCCCUUACCUAGCACUUGGCAAAGGACAAACAUCCAAACAUGGAGUGAACUUUGCAGUUGCUGGAGCCACUGCACUUGAUGCUAAAGUUUUCUAUGACAAAGGCAUUGGACACAUCAUGUGGACAAAUGAUUCACUUAGUGUACAACUUGGCUGGUUCAAGAAGCUCAAGUCUACCCUUUGCAACUCUAAACAAGAGUGUGACAACUACUUCAAGAAAUCAUUAUUUUUGAUGGGUGAGAUUGGCGGAAAUGAUUAUAACUAUGCAUUCUUUGUCGGUGGAAGCAUUGAACAGCUUCGAGCUCUUGUACCCAUUGUUGUUGAUGCAAUUGUUGCUGCCACAAGUAUGGUGAUAGAGGAAGGUGCCACGGAAUUGGUCGUGCCGGGAAAUUUGCCGAUCGGGUGCUCCGCGGUGUACCUAACUUUGUUUCAAAGUCCUAACAAAGCAAACUAUGAUCAAAAUGGGUGUUUGAAAGCACACAAUGCUUUCUCAAAGUAUCACAAUGCUCAACUAAAACUUGCUCUCGAGAAAUUAAGGCAAAAGUACCCGCACACGAAAAUCAUUUAUGCUGACUAUUACGGGGCCGCUAAGCGAUUAGUUCACGUGCCUCUGCAUCAUGGAUUUUCGAGUGGGGUAGUGAGGGCUUGUUGUGGAGGAGGUGGACCUUACAAUUUCAACAAUUCAGCAAGGUGUGGUCACACUGGCUCUACAGUUUGUGACAGUCCUUCAACUUAUGCUAAUUGGGAUGGAGUUCACUUAACCGAGUCGGCUUAUCGAUACAUUGCUAUGGGUUUGAUUAAUGGUCCUUUUACUUCACCAUCCCUAAAGUCCUCGCCCCUUUGAGACAACACUUCUAAAAAAUAAUUGCUACCAUUGCAACAAAUAAGUGCAUACUUGAAUCAAUGAUUGCUCAAAUUGUAGUACAAAACUUGAUUGAAAACCACCAAAAGUUGCAAUGGAUUUUCAUUUUCCAUGUUUUGUCUAUCCAAGAACACACAUUUGUGCCUUCAAAUCAUGUGCCAGACAUGGAGCCAUUUAAUUACAUUUACCACUCACACUUUUAUUAAAAUAUCAUUUUUAUUUUUAA